GAAGUUUGCAAAUAGCAAGAGGGAUCCAACAUGGAGAAGGACAACGCCGCCGUCGCAGCGCCGACGGGAUGCUACAAGUGCGGGAAGCCGGGCCACUGGUCUCGUGAUUGCCCUUCCUCCGCUCCAAAUCCCAAUCCCACUUCCAAUUCUUCUAGUGAUUGCCCUUCCUCCGCUCCAAAUCCCAAUCCCACUUCCAAUUCUUCUAGACCUCCUUUCUCCUCUGCUCCUGCUGCCCCUUCAAAAGUUGCAGAGAAGCCCAAGAAAGCCCCCAGAACCAGGCCCAAGCUCACUCCUGAGCUACUCCUUUCUGAGGAUGGUCUAGGUUACGUCCUUCGCCAUUUUCCUCGCGUUUUCAAGUAUCGCGGCCGUGGACACGAGAUCAGUGAUUUGGGAAACCUUAUUGGCUUAUACAGGGAAUGGCAUUCUCAUAUACUCCCUUAUUACUCUUUCGAGCAUUUUGUACAUAAGGUGGAACAGGUAGCUGCUACAAAACGUGUAAAGAUGUGCCUUGGAGAACUAAGGGAGAGGGUUGCCAGGGGAGGGGAUCCUACAAAGUGGCGCGAAGCACCCAUUUUAAACGAUGAUGAUGUCAAUAAUGAAAAAGAAGCCAAAGACCCGGAGGGCAUAUUUGAUAAUCAGGAAGAGGCUUUGAGGAAUAAUGGUGCUGAUGACAUUGAAGAGGACAUGCUUCAGGAAGUUUAUGAGAAAGCUACGGAAGAACCAUCGCAGAAUGUACAAAGUGAUUCCUUCACCAUUGGUGAAACUAUAGAAGGUGUGGCCAACCAAGAACCAAAGAUUAGUAAUUCAAGUGAAACUCAACUCACCGAGGAACAGAGAGGUCGAAUGGAAGCCAACAGGUUGAAGGCAUUAGAAAGAGCUGCAGCCAAGGCUCGCUCUUUGCCCACUGUCUGAUUCAUGUGCUUGUUUUCUGUAGAUUUCAUUUCACUGCAAAGGCCAUAUUAAACUACCAUUCAAAGUGAUGGUUUUUGGCUAGUGAAGGCUCAACUACCUUAGGGAGUUCUUCCUCGAAUCUCCAAAAUUUUCAAUGUGAAGGAGCUUCUUUAGAAUGUCAACUAGGAAUUUUACUUGCUCUGUAGGAAGGUUAUUAUUAAUCAAUUGAGCUUGCAUUGUAAAUUAGUAUAUAUUUUUAGUCCAUUGAAAGUGGAGGCACGAGGUUUGAUUUUCCAACUUUGAAGUAUGUGUUAAUUAUCAUUGAAUUAUGUUCAUGUUGACUAUA